AGCUACGUAGGGCGCAGAACUACAGUAGAAACAUUGACGGGAGGGGCCCCUGGAUCUCGGAUGCCUCUUAGCCACGCCCCCUCCGACUUCUGCCAAAUACGCGAAGGGGCAGAAACGUCGCUCUCGCGCUUCCGGAAUAAACCGCGUCUGUAGUGUGUGUGACGUCACUUCCGUCCCCAGCCGGAAGAAGGUGAAAGGAGCCAAAUUUGAUUUUGCAACCUAAUAAAUCAUGCCUAUCCGUGCCCAUUGUACCAUCUGUUCUGAUUUCUUUGACAAUAAGACUGAUGUUGCAGCUAUUCACUGUGGACAUACUUUCCAUCAUUUGUGUCUCAUCCAGUGGUUUGAUACUGCACCAAGUCGAACCUGUCCACAGUGCAGAAUCCAGGUUGGGAAAAGGCACAUAAUCAACAAGUUGUUUUUUGAUGUUGCCCUAGAGGAGCAGUCCGAACUGGAUGCAGAAAGUCUACAGAAUGAACUAGAUAGGGUGAAAGCUCAGCUAUCCAUGAAAGACAAAGAAAAACGAGAUUGUCAAUCUAUUGUAAAUGCAUUGAGAGAGACACUGGAUCUACGUAAUGCCACUAUCGAAUCACUCCAGAAAGCUAUUUCUGACACGGAAAUGCUGUGUUCUACACUCAAGAAACAAAUGAGAUAUUUAGAACAGGAACAAGAAGAAACCAAGAGUGCAAAAGAAGAAACUCAAAAAUUGCGAAGGAAGGUGAAAUCUAUGGAGAGAAUUGAGACACUGUUACACAGUCAGCGUUCCGAAGUAGAGAAGAUGAUCCGUGAAAUGGGAACAGGGCAAGCAGCAAUGGAACAGCUUGCAGUCUAUUGCAUCUCACUAAAAAAGGAAUAUGAAAAUCUUAAGGAAUCUCAGAAAGCAUCAAAUGAUACAGUGGAAAAACUGAGAAAGGAGUUGUUUUCUGCUAAUCAUAAGCUCCAGAAAACUGCUCUAGAGUUGGAGAAAACAACUGAAGAAUUGAAAAAUACACAAACAGAUCUGAGAACUGCAGAUAAAGAGAUUACAAGUUUGAAAAAAAAGAUAGGAGUCCUACAAGAUACCAUAAAAGUACCAUCAUUAACCAGUGAAGCACUUAGCCGGCUUGUCUCUGAAAGCCCUGCUCCUGCACAGUUUCUGAACCCAAAGUUUCAUCAACCUGCUCACAAUGAUGAGAUUGACCUUAAUGCUACCUUUGAUGUAGACACUCCAAAGGCUCAUAAGACAGCUGUUGCUCCUGCCAAAAAAAUCAAACUAGAUAAAAAUCCGGCAUCUGUGACAAAUUUAUCAAGAGUUCUGAAAGGAACAAUGGAGAACUGCUCUGCUGACACAGAUGAUGAGCAUCUAGAAGAUCUUUUACCUUCUUUUAUAAAAAAGUCAGUCCUGACUAAGAAAACUGUUCUAAACAGCAUACCACAGAAAUAUACAGGAAUUGUAAGAAUUGGGUAUGAUGGCUUUGGAGGUAGAACCAAGUUCAUUCAGCCUACUUUUCCAACAGAGAUUCGGCCCCUGAUUAUAAAGAGCAAGAAAAGAACUGUUUCAAAGCAAACUGGAACAAUGCCUUCUGCUUCUGGCAUCAAUCAGACUAAACUAGACAACUUCCUUAAAUAAAUAUGGAUCUCCUCAGAUUAAGGACAGAACCUGUAUCAUCUUCUACAUUAGAUAGAUGAUGUAAAUGAUAACCAUCUACAUUAGGUAGAUGUAAGUGCACAGUGAAGACUGCUGGUCUCCCUAUUGUUCUGUGGUCAUCAGAUGAUUUAUUAUGCUGAUAUAUUAUUUAUUAUGUUGCCAAUCCUUGGGACAGAACAGGACGGAAUUGAAGUUUCAGUUCUAAAAUCCUUUAGCCAGUUUUUCUAGGUUACUGCUCUAAUCCUUAUAAAUUAUGAUUUGGGAGUAUUAAUUUAUACUAAAGACACCAAUAGCUCUGCUUGCAAAUGAAUUAUCCACAUCUUCAUACUUUAUAUUAGAAGAGAGUUCUCUCUACAGCUGUCAAGCUGUGUUAGUGUCUUGAAUGAUGAAGAAAGAAAUAUUCAAGAAAAGAACUUCAUUUACGGUAUAUCUUUUGCUCACAGAUAUGAAGGAUUGGGGGAAAGAGCAAUAGGCUUAGAGGUUUUUUUUUUCCUGAUCCAUAUUUCUGUUUCACUGCCUAUACUCCAACACACAAUCCAAUGUGCUUCAUAGUCUUAAUUCCUAUUUUCGAAAGGGCUUUGGAGCGUGAAUGUAGCAUCUGUUUAAAUAAUUUACAGCAGCUGUGACUAUUUCCUGCGCCUGUUCAGUUGUACAAUCCAAGGAAAAGAUGGAACUACUUUAAGGUGUUGCAAAUGGCGCUACAUGUGCACUCCAGGGCUCUCUGAAGCACAUUUGAAGAUCGAAUUCAAAGUGCUUCACUCUCCUGUUAAGAACUAUACAAAAUAUACAUGGGAUGUGUUUGGAGAUAUUUGUUUUCACUUUUUGUUUCACUCUUUCACUCUUGGGUUUGUUUGUUUUUUGUUUGGUUGGGGGGUUUUUUCGUUUGUUUGUUUCCUUAUGAAACAAAUGUUUCACAAUGUUUUCUUUUGCCUUCAUUCAGUCUAAUUAACAGAAUAAUUCCAGGGUAAAUUUGAACAAGAACAUUCAGAUGGAUUUUGCUCAGUAUAAGAAAGGACUAGAUUCUUUGUAAUUAAGGUUGCUUAAUGCUUUAAAAUUUGGAGCAAAUCCCUUGGAAUCUACAAACUUUUUUCUUCCAGAUAAAGAGUUACUGCUGGUCUGAGGCAAAUGUUCAGUUUUCUUUGAUACUGUAUUGGCAGGAGGCAUCUUUUUAACUAAGAGUGAAUUCAAACUUUUGAUUCUAGGAAGAAAAAAAAAUGUCUACAUUAGCCCAAAAUUAAAUCAUAUGCCAAACUAUGGCACUGAUGUACCUGACCCUUCAAUAAAUUAAUGAAGAGUACUUUUGUUUGAAACCUCUAAUUAAGCAUAUGACUAUAUUGAAUAAAUGUUGGAUGUGUUCUAGGCUAAAUUGUGGUUGGUUAAUGUGUGGUUUAGCUUCCUGUGUGUGACAGCCAGUUAAUAGACCAAAGGUUAUCUAGUGAUUUUUACAGUUUAAAUGAAUUUUUGACCUAGCUCUGCCUGUUCCAAACAAAGAUCUGUUUUUGUUAUAGAACACAUGUAUCAGUUCUCCAGCUAUUGUACCAGGAAACCCAGAAGGAGAAACGUCAGAAGUAGCUACUACUAGAUAUUUUAUCUCACAAAGCAAAACCAUAUGAAUCUAAGAAUCCCCUCAGAGCUCCAUUUCACAAUUCUA